ACGUUCAAAGAGAACCGGUUGUGAAUUGCGCACUGCAUCGCGUUUAGUGUGCAUAAUUACGAGUAGGUAGGUUUGGUUUAGGUACCUAGAUGAAUUGAUACCAUGUUCUUAUCACUGUAAUAAUCAGCCCGUGAAUGAAAAAUGUUGUUCUAAAUCUUCAAAGAGUGAUUGCAUUGUGGUUGCAUAGGUGAUACAGACAACGUCUUUUUUUGUAAACGUAUCUACGCGUAAUUUCUUGAACGAUAAGUUGAGUAAGAGGCUGUGUGCAUUCAGUGCAAUUCAUUCAGUAGUGAAAAAUGAUUGUUCGGAUGACGUUAAUUUGAAACAAAGUAGAAUCGUUGUGUAAUUUUAUCGGAGUUUUCAUGUUUCAUCAAUAUGAAUUUAUUGAAUAGUUUUUCGAAAGAGGAAUCCGCGAGACGAGUGCAUACCAUCGGCUGUUGUCAUUCUGCCUCACAUCAGUUUACAAACUAUAACUUGGGGCAGUUCAGAGAUGAUGCUCGUCCAUCUGGUCUUAGAAGUGAGCUUUACGAAAAUGAAACCGAAAUUGAAGAGCUAUUUAAUAGAGAGAAAGACUUAUGCGUUGUAUGUGGAUUUGUCUCAGCCAACGAAUUUUUUAGUUUUCCAAGUGAUGUUGACACCCGACAGCAGUGGGCUACCUUCUGCGACUUGCCCUUUGACAAGAUAAAACCGCAUUUUCGCCUUUGUGACCGACACUUUAAAACUGACGACUAUCGAAUCUCAAUUCAACGUAAAUUAUUGAUACCGACGAGUGUUCCAACAUUGCAAUCAAAACUUGUACGUGGUUUCGCACCUUCGAUUGACAACAGUUCCCAAUCUAGUGAAAAUUUCAUCAACUUUUCCAACCCAAUGCUGAAUAAAAAUACAUCGAAAAGUGCGAUUCACAGCCCCGUCUUUCUAAGCAACACUACCUCCAAUGCUUUAAAUGAGCUAUUCCGCAGUUAUUCUAGAGAUAUCACGAAUAAUCAUGACGAUGACGUUCCUCCAAAGGCAAAAAAAUUGACGUUGAAGAGAAAACUCAAAGUUGAGCUGAGUCGACAGCAAACAAAUAAAUAUUUUCGAUCCGAAAUUUUCAGAUUAAGAUCACAAUGUUCUCAUCUCGAAGAUACUGUUGCCGAAUUCAGAAAAAUAAUCGAACGACUGGACGAGAGAUGCUUUGUUGGCUCUGCUCAACCUGCCAAAAAUGGCGUAGAAGGUACUCACCAGAACCAAAGUUUGACCACCUUAUUGCCAGAAAAGUCGACCGAUGAUCCUUGUAACACAAAUACACAACCAUCUGAGCAGCACUCUAAAAAAGUUGCUCUCGUAGAAUCCGACCAAAAGAUUGCCGAAGAUGAAGAUGUUUACGCUACAGAUUCGAGUGUGCCUUCCCCAGAAAUAUCGAACGUUGACCUUCAUACGUCGGAGGGACCACUUGAAAAAUUUUCUGAAGAAGGUGGUAGUGGAAACUUAACACAAGCUGCGCUCGUUGAAUUUAUUGAAAGGUUUACUGAAGAUUAUUACUCUCCAAGGCCAUUUAUGCUUCCCUUAGAAAUAUCGAGCGACGAUCAUCAUAAUUCGGAGGAACAACUUGAACAGUUUGAUGAUGAAGUUGCGCUCGUAGAAACUGCUCAAAAUAUUGUCGAAGACGUUAGUAAAACAAAUUUCAGUCAUGAUACGGAUACAGCACCUGAACAAUGUUCUGAACGAAAAGCGUAUGUGGAAGAUGUUGACGAAGAUAAUAAAUUUACAAAUUUGAAUACCCCCUCGCCACAAAAAUUGAAGGAUGAAGGUGGUUGCCACGCAGAAGCACAAUCUCAACAACGUUCUGAAGAGGAUCCCGCCUUGAAAGAUUUACCGAACUAUUUCUCGAAUCCGACGAAAGCGAACGACGACGGUGAAGUUGUCAGUGGUAUUUCAGUCAGUCCUCAAAUUAAAUGUCAAUUGCGUACGAAUGAUACCUCUGCCAAUUCAAAUAAUGAACAAUUCGAUAAUGCACAAGUUGGGCAAACACUGCGGAUGGAACAAGUGCAAGUGACAACUCAACAGUCAAACUGUAAUGAAGAGCUAAAUGUGAGCCAGCGCAAUAGGCAUGCCUCUCCUUCAGCUGGGUGUUCAAAACGCCGAAAAAAUGGUGGCGAGGGCCCGAUUACUCGUUCUGCAAAAAAGAAAAAAGAACUCCUUAGCGUAGCUACCAGGAUACAAACCUCGGACAGUGUUCCAAAAAAAGUACGAGGAGUAUUGAUGCAGGAUUCACCUCCAUAUCGUUGCAAUAUUUGUGAUGAAACGUUUUCCAAUAAAUCUGAUUGUACAAAACACCAGCGAAAACAUUCGAAGCCAUUCGUGUGUUCAAAGUGUGAAAGACCAUUUAUUAGAAAACAUGACCUGUUCAGACAUCAAGCAACUCAUUCCAAAGAGAAACCCUAUAAAUGCAGGUUUUGUGACACACGAUACAAGCACAAUCACCAUAAAAUAUUUCACGAACGAGAUAAGCACACGGAAGUCGGCUGUUUUGAGUGUGCUGUUUGCGGGAAAAAGUUUAGCUUUAGGAAUUCUAUCGUUUGCCACAUGCGAAUACAUAAUAAAAAAAAAACUUCAAAUGCCGCAUAUGUAACCAGCGAUUUAAAUAUGAAGACAGCGCACAAACGUUACAUGUUGAGGACUUUCGUUUUGAAUGCGCCCUAUGCGGCAAGAAAUAUCGUCAGAAACACAGUCUAGUCCAUCACGUAUCAUCUAAUUGUAGUUAGAUUUCAAUACUUAGUAUCUGAAUGUGUGCACAUUCAAGUUAGUUUUUUUUGUUUUUUGUAUUUUUGAGUUCUUACUUAUUGCUGGUCCCUGGCAAAGGAGUCAAAAAAUCGUUUCCAAAUUUUUGUUUUGCAAUGGCAGAUAGACAUACCUACUUACCUAAUACCUAUGUGUGCUUAUUUUAGUAUCUAAUACUUAUUAUUAUUCAUGUUUAUACCUGAUACCUAUGUAAUGUAUAAUUUAUUUAACAAUUUGGCAAAAUAAUUUAAUUAAAAUUUACCUAGCAGCGUUGAUCAAUGCAAUGCAUUCGCACAACACAA